AUGGCUAGAGUCACAUUGAUUAACUCUGUUUUGUUGUCAAUUCACUCUUACUGGUCUCAAAUAAUGAUUAUGCCAAAACAGUUAUUGAGGGAUAUAGAGGCCAUUUGUAGAGCCUUUCUUUGGAAGGGUUUGGCAAAGACUCAAGGUUCAGGUUUAGUUGCUUGGAGCUCUGUUUGCACUCCAAAAGCUGCUGGAGGUUUAGGCUUCAGGAAGAUUUCGGAAUGGAAUAUUGCAUCAUUGGGGAAAUAUGUAUGGGCCAUAGCUUCCAAAAAGGAUAAUCUGUGGGUCAAAUGGAUUCAUAGCAUUUAUUUGAAAAAGGUGGACUGGUGGGAAUAUACAGUGCAACAGAAUUACAGCUGGUAUUGGAAGAAAAUUGUUGCCAUUAAAGAGCUCUUUAAAGUCAAAUUAGAUAAGUCAGCUUUUAUGGCAAUGCAAUAUAGUAUUCAAUCCGGUUAUGAUAUACUAUAUGAUCAACAUAUUAAUGUACAGUGGAGUAAGUUUGUCUGGGAGAGAAGUAGUAUUCCGAAGCAUAGAUUUAUUCUAUGGUUAGUGAUGCUUCAGAAGUUGAGUACCAGAACUUAUAUCAACAGGUAUUUACCUAGUUUGGACACAGUAUGUCUGCUGUGUGGUGAUCACAAUGAAGAUCUUCCUCAUUUGUUUUUUCAAUGUACUUACAGUAAAGCUUGUCUUUUGAGGGUGAAGGAUUGGAUUGGCUGCCGAGCACAAACAGAGCAUUAUCACCAACUAUUGCAAUGGAUAUACAAAGCAAAGCACCUGAGUAAAGUCAGGAAAGGAUUCUUUAUAGUUGUUGUUACUGCACUAGUGUACCACAUAUGGAGGGCACGUAAUGAUGUUUUAUGGUCAUCUAAACUUUGGCAUAUAAUCCAUAUUGUAGAGGUUAUUAAAAGAGAACUCAAAUUGAGAUUGGAUUUGUCAAUGCCAAGGAAAACAAGAAAUAGUGAUAAAGAAUGGUUUCAACAAUUGUAA